GCGCCUCUCGGAACUCCUGGAACUAAAAGGUCGCGCACGCUGAGACGGCGGGGUUUGAGUGUUGCACUUGGUGUUCCUUUCUCCGCUCAGCUUCCGCUCUGUGCGGAAGUUCAGGGUGGACAUUUAUCGGCCACUGUACUAGAGAAGGAGGGACCUGUCCAUUUCCAAAACAUUUCACCAGUGGAUCUAUUCUAUACUUCUUACAGCCUCUGAAGACAAAUAAUACUACACUAUGGCAGGGAUUUUGCGCAUAGUGGUUGAAGGGCCCCCAGGCAGGCUACAGACUGUGAUAAAAGGUAUGGAAUCUCUCAUGGGUACAGAUUGGAUUCGUCACAAAUUUACCAAAUCAAGAAUUCCAGAUAAAGUGUUUCAGCCUUCACCUGAAGAUCAUGAAAAAUAUGGUGGGGACCCACAGCACCCCCAUAAACUGCAUAUUGUUACCAGAAUAAAAAGUAUACAAAGACGUCCAUAUUGGGAAAAAGAUAUAAUAAAGAUGCUUGGAUUAGAAAAAGCACAUACUCCUCAAGUUCACAAGAAUAUCCCUUCAGUAAAUGCAAAACUGAAAGUGGUUAAACAUUUGAUAAGAAUCCAGCCCUUGAAGCUGCCACAAGGACUUCCAACAGAAGAAAACAUGGCUAACACAUGCCUGAAGAGCAGCGGGGAGUUAGUAGUGCAGUGGCAUCUGAAGCCUGUGGACACCUGUAAUCCCAGCAGUUUGAAGGCUGAGGCAGGAGGAUCAUCAAGAGUUCAAGGCCAGCCCCAAGCUACAUAGUUCAAGGGUAGCCUAAACUACAUAGUGAGACCUUGACUCAGAAAACCAAAAAAACCCUGUGGAGCAGGAAACAAGUCCUGAUGUUUUGGUAAAUAAAAGCAAGAGUAGGGCCGGGGAUUUAGCUCAGUGGUUUCACCACCUGCUGCACAAGCACAAGGACCCGAGUUCGAUCCCCGGUACCCAAAAAAUAAAUAAAAGCAGGAGUUUGAUAGGAUGGCCUAGAAUUGACAUCAGCCCAAGGAUGGAUACAAAAGAUGGCAGCCACUGGGCUCCUGGCCGCUGCUGUCUCUUCCACAGUGGCUACACUCACCCUGCAGAGUGAACUUCUUUUCCAACUUUUAAUUAGCCCAUGCUUGCUCAGUAGAGCAUGUUUCUUUUCCUACCUACCUUUAAUAAAUGUAAAACCGCACUCACCA